AUGUUGGACCGUCUAAUAGCUCAUAAUGACCAGAUACCAUUAACACCUUCAAAUCUCACUCGAUUUCACUCUCGAGCAUCUCCAAACAUAUCAGUUGAGGAAUAUUUGCGUCGAAUAAUCCGAUAUACUUCGGUCGAAAGAGCUUGUCUUCUAAUAAUUCUAAUAUACAUUGACCGGGUGUGUGAAAGACAUAGGACAUUCACAAUUUCUUCUUUAACUGUGCACCGGUUUAUUAUUGCGGCAAUCACAGUUUCAUCGAAGGCAUUGUGUGACUCUUAUUGCACGAACUCUCAUUAUGCUCGAGUGGGUGGCAUAACAAUGCAGGAAUUAAACAAUUUGGAAUUAGAAUUCCUGUCGCUUAUCGAUUGGCAUGUAAUCUGUCCAGGCGAAAUCUUGCAAAAUUAUUAUGCGAACUUAGUCAAACAACAUCCUAGGUAUCGAAGGGCAAUUACGGUAGAACCAGAUCAAUAUGAAUCGCCAUCACCCAUGUUAACUCCAACCCGGCCAGACAACCCCUUUAAUACUAGUAUGAUAACACAGGAGAAUUCUCCGCCGGUACAAUGA